GCUCGCUGCGCUACUCCGAAUCUCUCUCCUCCUUUAACCCUCGUUUUCUCUCUCAUGGCCUCCAGAAACCUUCCCGCCCGAACUCUCUCUCUAAAUCCUUGUUCAAACCCUACUUUUCUCGCUCUCAAUGGUGCCACAAGCCCCAAUUCUGUCUCUCGCACUUACACAAAUUGUUUAAUCUCAAAAUUUAUCCGCCUGAACUUUCUAUCAAGCCAUCGGUUUCUCUAUCUAAAUAAUAAAAAUGACCAUGGAUUUCUCUCUCUAAAGCUCUGUGCAAAGCCCCUCUAUGCAAUUUGUGGAGCUAAAUUUACCCUCCACUGUCACUCGUCUCUUCCAAACCCCAAUAUUCUCUAUCUAGUGAGUUGGAAUUUUUCAAAUCAAAAGUUCCUGAAAUGCAAGAAUUCGUCAUUUAUCCCGAUAAUUCUCAGAGGAUUUUACCGAAAAUUACCAGGUCUGAGAACUCUGUAUCGCCGCUGGGAAAGUGAUGAAUUAUCUGAUGACACGGAUGAUUUCAAAUUCGAUAGAGCUGUUUUAUUGUUCAAUAGCAGAGAUUAUUACCAAUGCCAUGACAUUUUGGAAGCCAUUUGGAACAGAGUAGAAGAACCCCAGAGAACAAUUGUGCAUGGGUUGUUGCAGUGCGCUGUAGGGUUGUAUCAUCUAGCUAACCAGAACCAUCGAGGAGCAAUGAUGGAGUUGGGAGAAGGCCGAUGUAAGCUCCGAAAGAUGAACUUCAGGAGUGGACCCUUCCAACAAUUUGAGAAAGAAAUUUCAGCAGUCUUAGACUUCAUCUACGAGACACAAUUAGAAUUAGCUGCCUGUACCGAUGAUCUCUGCUUGAGAAUGGAUGGUUCGGAUCGUUCAUACCAGCUUUUGGGUAGCUUUGGCGCCGGCCAGAAACUGUACGAGUUUGAACAUGAGUCAGACAAUGCUUGUUAUAUAAAUUUUGAACCUGAAGGACUCUACAGCUCAGUUAAGACCACAAGAGUGAAGGUUCCACUUCUUCAUGCAACUGAGGAACAGUUGAAAGCUUAUGAAUAUGAUUGUUAGGGUUUCAAUUUUUCUUUGAAGUGAUUUUAGUUAUGAUUGUUUUAUUUGUUUAUUUUUCCAUGAAUCAAUGGGCAUGUAAAAUAUUGUGUAAUGCAUCUACAUAUUCUUUUUUAGUGUU